AUCAGCAGCAGAUGAGCAGGAUGUUCAGAAUGUAAGACUGUAAUGAUCUCGUUGAGAAGUCAGCAUCACAGUUUUCAGUCGCACUCGUGCUGUCUUUCUUAUUUAGACGAAAGCAUGACAGGAGUUUUGCGACCCUCCAAACAGAGAUCCGGUAUGAAGCGACCUCGAAAUGAGCCUUACAGGGUUUUCGACUAUCAACAUGUUCAGACCAUCCCAUGUGACUUUGCAUCUUUUCGACGGAUGUGUUCAUCGCCCUCUUCAUCUUCCGAAGCCCUGCAGCAAAGCAGAGAAAAACCCCAGAGCAGACACAAGUCCAGGAGCAGAGGGAUCCAGCUGAAAAUGGAGGAGCUGGUGUGCAUUAAGAAAGAACUGACAGUGAUUAAAUCACAGAUAGACGAGCUGCUGGACAGUCUGGAGCGGAUGGACCCUCAAAGCCAAGAGCUGUCCGGAGAUGGAGUGACAUUCUCUCCGCUCCAUGGCUCUGUGAGCAGUGUGGAUGAUUCGUCUGGUAGCCCUCCUCCCCUGAAGACAGAAAGAGACACACAGAGCCCACAGACUGCAGACUGCAGUGAUGAAGACAGACAGCAUGUUAAUUACUAUGAAUCAGAUUUGCUCUACAUGUAAAGACAGGUUUCAGAUUACAAAUUCAGAUACUAUGCUUUGGGUAAAAGUCAAAGGAUCUCUAAUGAUGACGUAAAAAAAACUAUCAGGAAAUGUGUUUGGAUCAGUUCCAAAUAUCCAGAUCUGCUGAAAUCAUCAUCGUGUAAAGUGAACAUGAAUCCAGUUUCAAUCCAGUUGUGGAGCAAACCUGAAAAAAACCAAACUAUUUGUCGUCAAAAGCUGCUGCUGAUUUUAGGAAUUAUAUGAUCACAAGUU